UAUAGCCAGGCUGAAAAACAACUACUAAGGGAAUAACUGACAUUCCCUAUUGUUUAGGCGAAGCCUGUUUAUGCACUAAAUAAAACAUAGUUUUUGUUUUACUCAGGUGUUGCGUUGAAUGAUUUAAUUGUUUAAUUGGUGUGUUUGGAGAAACAUGAUUUGGUGUGAUUUAAAGGCUCCUUAGUGUGGGUCACUUUUAUUCACACAUCUCGUGUUAAGAUCACAGGUUGUGUGCAGCAGUGCCACCAUUUCUUUAUUAAUGCUUGAAGAUGGAUCCUCUUGCAAUAAUGUCUCGCUGCCAAUAAAUUCCUGUAACUCACGAGGUUUCAUUCAUUAAGCUGCAUUCUCCUUAUUCCCUAACCCUUCCCCCAUUUUACUGCCUGGCUGUAUUUGGAAGAGAAAUGGACGACUUCCUUAGAAAAUGACUCAAAUAGCGAGUGGGUGUUUUUUUAUUUUAAAUUAACCUGCAGUUACACAAAAACAACGCAAUAACGACUACAGCAGUUCAAGAUAAAUACGCAGGAAUAUCACAGCAAUAACAAAUGUCUUGAUGAAACGCUGAUGAAACCCUAAAAACGCAGAGGAAUCCGUAACAAGCACGGGAGCCAUGUUUUACAUCCGCAUCUCAAAAAUAAUAAUAACGUUAAAAUUUUCAUUGCGCAAAAUUGCACAAUAAUUAAGGAUGUAGUAAAUACUAAUGUAUUACAACAGGCACAACAAAUGUAGCGUAGGUAAAGAAUAAAAAGCAUUCUGCAGCAGCGCGUACACUCCUUUUGCAAGCUGCCAUUUCUACCUCCCUUCUACACUGGAGUGUGUGAAACACGCCGCGUGUGUUCAUCCGCAGGGGGCUUGCGCCUGUUCCUUUGAGGGGGAGGGGGUGCAAACAAACAGUUAUCUACACGUUAUCAGCCCUUGUAAAAAUUUCCCCAGCUGCACAUUCUGGACCAAAACCGUAAGACAAUCAAGCAUUGACAAGAAAGUAGAGCGUUUUGCAAGCGAAUUUGCACUGCGGGCCCUAGUUGUUGCUCGGCGCAGGGAUACCUCACGCAGGCGGGACUUUAUGUGAGCGUAGCUGAAUGGAGGCUGCCUCUUCCUGGUGGAUAAACAGUGACAGCUACAGGGCAGCCACCUAGACCCAGCACACAGGCUCUGGCGCUGCCCUGGCAAACAACACCAAAAUGGCUUCAGACAGUACACACAUCGCGCAGUUGACUUCUGAACUGUACUUCCUAAUAGCCCGAUUUCUAGAAGCUGGACCGUGUCAAAAAGCCGCCGAGACCCUGAUAAGGGAGGCGGAGGAGAAGGAGUUGCUGCCCAAAAGAGUGGACUGGACGGGGCUGGAACACCCUGGGACCUACGAAAAUUUGGUAAGACUCUACAGACACAUCAGUCCAGAGCACCUGCUGCAGGUCUGCUCCAGAGUUUGUCCUCUGCUGGAAAGGGAGGUUCCUGCCAGCGUGCCUGGGCUUGUCAGCCUGCUCGGUGCCGGCAGACAGAAUCUACUUCGUACCAGCAAGAGUUGCAAAAAUGUUGUGUGGAAGGGCUCGGCACUGGCUGCACUUCACUGUGGGCGACCACCAGAGCCACCAGUUAUCUAUGGGAGCCCACCUAACAUUGUGGAAACAAGCCACGGCCGUCGACUGAAUGGUUCGUACCGUCUUAGGCAGCUGGUGCCCACUGCUGUAUACCAGCACAUGAAGAUGCACAAAAGGAUUCUGGGACACUUGUCUUCUGUAUAUUGUGUCACAUUUGACCGGACAGGACGGCGCAUCUUCACAGGCUCCGAUGACUGUCUUGUUAAGAUCUGGGGAACCGAUGACGGACGCCUGCUGGCGACGCUGCGUGGUCAUGCUGCUGAGAUCUCGGACAUGACCGUCAGCUACGAGAACACCAUGAUAGCCGCCGGUUCCUGUGACAAGACCAUCAGGGUGUGGUGCUUGCAGACAUGUGCACCUCUCGCUGUGCUAGAAGGACACGCCGCCUCUAUCACCUCACUACAGUUUUCACCUCUCUGUAGUGGUUCCAAGCGCUACCUGUCCUCCACUGGUGCUGACGGUACCAUCUGUUUCUGGCAGUGGGAUGCACGGACAUUAAAGUUUGGUCACAGGCCGAGUAAAUUCACAGAGCGUUCCAGGCCUGGGGUCCAGAUGAUCUGCUCCUCCUUCAGUGCAGGUGGGAUGUUCCUGGCCACAGGAAGCACAGAUCACAUCAUCAGGGUGUACUACUUUGGUUCAGGGCAGCCAGAGAAGAUCUCUGAACUGGAGUCUCAUACAGACAAAGUUGACAGCAUCCAAUUUUCACAUUGCAGUGACAGGUUUGUGAGUGGCAGCAGGGACGGUACAGCAAGGAUCUGGCAGCUGCAGCCUCAGGGCUGGAGAAGCAUUCUGCUGGACAUGCAGACCAAAUUACCGGGAAAGUACAAUCCUCCUCCACUGGAAGACAAGGUGACCAAGCUGAAGGUUACCAUGGUAGCGUGGGAUCGACAUGACAGCACAGUGAUCACCGCAGCCAACAAUCUGACACUGAAGGUGUGGAACUCCACCACCGGAAAUCUCGUCCAUGUGCUGAUGGGUCAUGAGGACGAGGUGUUUGUUUUGGAGCCACACCCCUUCGAUCCACGAAUCCUAUUCUCAGCGGGGCAUGAUGGGAACUGUAUAGUCUGGGAUCUUGCCAGGGGGGUCAAGAUCCGCUCCUAUUUCAACAUGAUUGAGGGUCAAGGACACGGUGCCUUGUUUGACUGCAAAUGUAGUCCAGAUGGGCAGCAUUUUUCUGCCACUGACUCCCAUGGACACCUGCUGAUCUUUGGCUUUGGUUCCAGCAGCAAGUAUGACAAGAUUGCGGACCAGAUGUUCUUCCACACUGACUAUCGGCCAUUGAUCCGCGAUGCCAACAAUUAUGUGUUGGAUGAGCAGACUCAGCAGGCUCCGCACCUAAUGCCCCCUCCCUUCCUGGUAGAUGUGGAUGGAAAUCCUCACCCGCCUCGAUACCAGCGACUGGUGCCGGGGAGAGAGGGCUGCAGGGAAGAGCAGCUGAUCCCACAGAUGGGAGUCACUUCUUCAGGCCUGAACCAGGUGGUGAGUGAGCAGGCGGUGGACGGACACAGUCCCCUGGACACGAUGAUUCAGAGGCUGCAGCAAGAACAAGACCAAAGACGAACGACGAAUGACGUUCCUGCCGCUACUGCUGCUGCUACAGCAAACAACAGGGCGAGCAGAGGAUCAGUUGGAUCCCCAAUUGAGGUGCAUUCCCCGCCAAAUGUUGGUCUUCGUCGCAGUGGGCAAAUCGAGGGUGUCCGCCAGAUGCACAGUAAUGCCCCACGCAGCCAGAUAGCCACAGAGGGAGACCUGGUGGCCUGGAGCCGCAGGGUGCUGGUUCCCGAGCUGCAGGAUGCCACCGUCAGGAGACAAGUGAAUUGGCGUGAGGCUAAAGGAGAGGAGGAAAUCAAUAUUUACCAGUCUGAAAGAAGGAGACGUACCAUCCACUCACUCCCUAAGGAGAGCAGGGUCCAUCCCACAUCUGAGUGUGUGGCAGACGAGGGGAGGAGAAGUCUGGGUAACCAUGGUUAUCACACUCGUGCUGCCAUGGAGGAGACCAGCCGUCAGAGUGCUGAGGCUGCAGAUGAGGAUGACAGCACCUCGGAGGGAGAGGUGGAGGUGCGCCAGAUUAAUGGACACUCUUCAGAGGAGGAGAAAGAGGAGGAGCAAAAAGAGCCGUGGCCUGAUGACCACAGCAGCUCCAGUGACUAUUCCAGCGAUUAUUCUGACUGGACAGCAGACGCGGGAAUCAACCUUGAACCGCCUAAGAAAAGUGUUAAGGUGAAAAAGAAGAGCAGUGGCUCCGAGGAAGAUGUGGAGAAGAAAAGAGAUGGAAAAAAAGAAAAGAAGAAAGAGAAACCUGACAAAGAUGGCACAUUACCAAAGAAGAAGAAGCCAAAGGAGAAGAGAAAGAGGACAGAGUUUCAAGAGCAAGGGCUCACUCUGGAGGAGUGGCUUCCCUCGGCUUGGAUCACAGACACAGUCCCACGGAGAUGUCCUUACAUUCCCCAGAUGGGAGAUGAGGUGUAUUACUUCAGACAGGGACAUGAAGCCUACGUAGAGAUGGCCAGACAGAAGAAGAUUUACAACAUCAAUCCUAAGAAGCAGCCCUGGCACAAGAUGGAGCUCCGGGAACAGGAACUGAUGAAGAUAGUUGGCAUCAAGUAUGAGGUUGGUCGACCAACGCUGUGCUGCCUGAAACUUUCCUUCUUGGAUCCGGACACUGGGAGACUCACUGGAGGAUCCUUUUCUAUGAAAUACCAUGAUAUGCCUGAUGUGAUCGACUUCUUGGUGUUGCGAGAGCAGUUUGAAAACGCCAGAGACCGGCAGUGGAGAAUAGGUGACAGGUUCCGGUCAGUGAUUGAUGAUGCGUGGUGGUUCGGGACCAUUGAGAGCCAGGAGCCCUACCAGCUUCAGUAUCCUGACAGCAUGUUCCAGUGCUACAACGUCUGCUGGGACAACGGAGACACUGAGAAGAUGAGUCCAUGGGACAUGGAGCCUGUCCCUGACGAUGCCACGUUCCCUGAUGAGUUGGGCUUGAGUGUCCCGCUCACAGAAGAGGAACAGAAGGAGCUGCUGUACGUCCCUGUGGAUGGAGAAUGGGGCUCACGCACACGCGUAGAGGAGUGUGAACGCAUCAUCAAAGCCAUCGACCAGCUCUCCACUCUCGAUGUAGCUGCACCGUUUGCCUUCCCAGUGGACCUGCAGGCUUAUCCCACAUACUGCACCGCUGUAGCCUACGUCACUGACCUCAGCACGAUACGACAGAGACUGGUGAACCGCUUCUACAGACGACUGUCCUCUCUGAUGUGGGAGGUCCGUUACAUUGAACACAACGCCCAGACGUUCAAUGAACCCGGAGCUUUCAUCGUCACCACCGCCAAGUUUGUCUCUGACCUCAUGCUGCAGUUCAUUAAGGACCAAAAUAUGACAGAUAUUAUGCCACUUUAUAAAACCAUGAAGAAGGCAACCUUCUCUGACUCAGAAGACGAGGAUGAGGAGGAUGAUGAAGAGGAUGAAGAUACAAACACACCGGGAACAUCCACUCAAAAACACAAGGGGAGUCGAACUACGCAGCGCAGACAGCGAACCAGACCUCCUUCAUAUGACCCACAUGCAUGGAGAGGGCGCUGUAAGGAGCUGCUGGACCUGAUCUUCCAGUGUGAAGACUCGGAGCCCUUCAGAGAGCCCGUGGACCUACAGGAGUAUCCGGACUACCUGCAAAUAGUUGACUCUCCCAUGGACUUUGGAACUGUCCUCAACACACUCACCGAUGGAAAGUACCAGUCUCCUAUUGAGCUCUGCAAAGACGUCAGGCUUAUAUUCAGCAAUUCCAAAGCAUACACACCCAGUAAGAAGUCACGGAUUUACAGUAUGAGUCUGAGGCUUUCUGCCCUGUUUGAGGAGCACGUCAGCCCCAUCUUAGCCGACUACAAGGCCAUCCACGGUCUGACAGAUAAACUGACCACGAGGGGCGCUGACAGACAGACAAGACUCACUACAGACAGACAGACACGGCACGCCAUGAAGAGGAGGAGGAGGAGGAGGAGUGAGUCUCCAUCAAGCAGCACGGCGUCAAGCCCUGAGAGGAAAAGACGCGUAUCGUCCAGAGUGAUUGCAAAAAGGGAGCCGUCGCCCCCUCCCUUGCGGCCCCCCUCCUUGAGACAGAGUGUUCCCCAAAAACAGCCACUCCAGUUGUUGAAUGGGAAAACAGACACGCAAGCAGCAGGGAGAACGCGGAGUGCAGCACGCCAUUCCAUGCACUCCCCACUCACCUCACCCGCCUCACACAGCACCACGAGCAGCACGCCAACCACAGCAGAGUCUACUCGUUCACUGAGGACUCAUAAUUCUGCAUCGGCUCCAACUCCCCCGGUUCCCGACAAGGAGACCCUCUCUCCAGCUGCUGAUCGAAGCACUGGAGGAAGCACCAGAAGGAAACUCAGAACACCAGUACGACUUACCCCUGGCUCUCCAGUUAACACUCCAGCCCCAGCCACAGUCCACCUGAAUGGUCACAGUAACCCAGUGACAUUAAGUGUGGGAAAGAAAGGGCGAAAACCCAAGACUGACCAACCGCUGAGUUCUCCAGAAGUCCCAACUCCAGUGAGCCCCUCCAGACCCCGAGGCCGCCCACCUAACAAAAAGAGGGGGAGGAAGAGCAAGCAGGAGCUGGAAGAAUUGAACAAGAGUGGUAAUCACAGGAGCCCGACCCCCGAUGAUGAGAUCGACCAGUCCACAGGUGAUGAAGGAGGAGCGUCUUCUGCGCAGGAGACAUCUGUGCUGUCAGACUCGGGCGUGGCAUCGACACCACGACGACGCGGCCGGCCUCGGACAGUCAGAACUGAAGAAUCCUCUCCACCUGCAGAGUCUCCUGAGCCCUCACCGCUGAGAAGGAGCAACAGGAAAGGUAACGAGGAACUCAGCCCUCCUCCACAGACUGCCCCUCUGCGGUCCAACCGCAGGGAGCUGUCAAAAGAGGAGGACGGGCAGGAGGCAGGAGGGUCCAUGCGCACACGCAACCAGGGCCGAAGGUCAGCCUGGUACAUGGAGGAGGACUCUGAGGAGGAGCAGAGGCAGCUGCUGUUUGAGGACUCAUCAAUCACUUUUGGCACAUCCUCUAAGGGACGUGUCCGCAAGCUGACAGAAAAGGCCAAAGCCAACCUGAUCGGCUGGUAACAGAGGACAACACACAGGACAUGAGAAGGAGGACGAAGAAGUGUCCUCAUGGAGAAGAUGUUUAAGAGAUCAAAUCUCUUCAUUGUGCAUCGGAAGGAGUAAGAGAAGCGGAAGUUAUUGCUAUUGCUAUAUGCUUAUUCAUGUGAAUGUAACUGUGUGUGUGUGCGUGGGUGCGUGUGUGUGUUGGAGUAGCUGCCGACUCAUCUGCUGCUUGUUUGAAACCGUGGCUUUGGAGUGACACAGUUGCACAGUGACUUGUCCGGUCCUUCCUCUCGCUCCUGUAAGCACAUUGCUGGAUUUUGAACAUUUCCUUCUCGGUUCCAGCUCCUCUGACGUUAUUGGUCCAUGUUGGAUCUAAAAGACAGUCGUUGACUCCUGUUUCGGCGGUCUCAAGAUUUUUCUCUCCUGUCCGCUGACCCGCUCGUCACCCUCUCUGACCUUAAACACUGCUGGUGUCAGACUGGUUCAGGGCGGGAGCAGAACCGAGUUUUAGUACUUGAAGAAGUCCUGAGGAGAGUUAGAGGCACCUCAUCCCUCAGAAAACUGUUCCACUGUCUCUGCUGAGUCGGCCAAAUCUGCCCCAGUGAGUUCAAAUUGUUAGGUCAUGAUGGAGCGUCAGCUGACUGCUGGCCUGAGAACAUCUUUGACUUUGUUCCUGUUCCGUUUUUUAUAUACAACACUCCCUUAGCUUUUUCUAAGAUUUGUACGUAACGAUCAGCUCCGUGUUUUUGAAGUCUUAUACAUUGGCUUACCCGUGCGUGUUUGUCUGCGCUAAAAUACCAAAUGGCGUACCUUCCCCGGUACUGUACAUUAGUAGAUUUUGUUUAUAACUGUGUGGGUGUCUUUGUUUUUUUUUUGUUUUGUUUUUUUGCAUGUUAGAAAGAUAACGCACCUCUUUUUAUGGAAACUGUUUUUAUCACGAGGAGUCAAAGGAUGCAUGUGUGAAAUGGUUCAUUUACAUGUUUAGAUAGAUCCUUUCUAUCACUCAAUGCAUCCUCAACAUUAGCAAUACUUUGUGCCUUUGUGUCUGCGCGCGUGUGUGUGUGAGACCGUGUGUGUAUGCAUAUGUGGCCUCUACCCUGUAAGGUACAUGGAGUGAGUGAAUUGACCUGAGAUGUGACGCUGAAAACAAGUGCAACUGAAGGAAUGUUUGUGGGGCCUUUUUGUAGCUCGUUGAGUCUGUCAUUCACUUUCAGCGUACAAACAGUGGCAUACAGUUGGAUGGUUGGGAAACCUUUUACAGAAAUGUAUUAAUAGCAGUUUGAAUAAGAUGGUUUUAUUACAGUUGUACACAUACCAUUAGCCAUGACAAUAUAUUAUACAUGAGGUACGGCGAGGAGAGCUUCUUCACGACCGGCUUUGAGAUGCACUUACUACAGGAUGGUUAUCAGUGCUGUCAAUCUGAUCAAUCAGAUCAGGUAGCUGUGGCUUAAUCUAAAUUAUUCAUGAUAAUGGUUAAUCGACGGCAAAAUCAACAUUAACUGAUUGUGACAAAAAAAAACUUGCUGGAACAGAAAGACCAAUAACAUCAGGUAGAUGUCAACUGUUGAUGUGGACAAAUGUCAAGAAGAAUAUGCAAAAUUAAAAUUGAAAAAUGUACUAGAUAUAUGUGUACAAAUACUCUGUAUGUACAUAUAUCCAUAUGAUGUAUACAAAAUUCAGGUUGACACGUUCUGGCACUUUGAAACAAAACAGGACAGUGGCAAAUCCAACUAUUAAAUAGAUAUUGGACAGAAAGCUGGAAUGACUAAGGAGUUCUACAUAUUUUCGACUGUGUGCCUUUAUCAUUCCGGCAUAAUACCUUUCAUUUUUCUCAUUUCGGAGAUCUCCUGAUUCAGCCUGUAGACUGGUGCACUGGACAGGAAUGACUUAGACAAGUUUGCGCUCAAAGCUAAGACAAAGUGUAUUCACGAUGAAUCUGACGGGAGGUCGACAUAGGACACUGUCUCUCUCUCUCUAUUGCUCUCUCAUUUUCUCUGUUCCUCUCUCUCUCUCUCUCUCUCUGUACAUACAGUAGGUCCUAACAUAGUUGUGUUACUCCCUCACUACAGAACAAGUGAAACUAUGACUGUUCUACGUAUUUCUUUUAAUGGAUCUUUCUCGUCACCUGGUAUUUCAUGUUUUUUUUGUUGUUGUUUUUUUGGCCAAAUUUUGCUUUUGGGCACUGAGAUUUCAGAACAUUGUCUGUAAAGUUUUUUUUUUUUUAAGUUUAGGUUUGCCAUCGGCAGUUACGAUGUGUCAAAUUAUUUUCAUCUGUGUCUCUGCCAUUGUGCGAAAAUGUUUUAGCCGUAAAUUUGGUGGUGGAUUGGUUUUGCUGGAAAGAUUGUUCUAUGCCACACCAUUUCUAAUUACUUAAUCUCACAAAUGUUUUGUUAAUAUUGUGAAUAUGAAGAGCUUUAUUCCAAUGAAGACAGCCCAACUGUUUAGUUUCAAUAUAUGUAAAACAUUUAGAUUUUUCAAGCAAAAGUUAAAUUGUUAUGCAAUAGUUCUGGAUGUAGAUGGUAUUCAGUAAUUCUUGUUCAUUUCGUUCUUUUUUUUUUUGCUUUCUUUUUAAAACUAAUAUUUACAUAUAAACAGUGUCGAGAUGACUUAAUCUGUGUU